AAUUUUUCAUUAAUGAAUAUAAUUUUUUUAUCAAAUGCAUAUUCAUCAGUCUAUCAAUAUCAUCAAUAAUACUUGUGUUACUGUCGCGCCGGUUUUUACGUUUUUCGCUAGAGUAGGUACAAGUUCACUUAACACUCGGCUCAGUCCUACGCAAACGGAAUAUCAAAGGCUUGUUUUUUAAUCAAAACUACCUAUAUCUGGCAUCACGCCAACCCAGUUCCAGAAAUAGAUUAUGGAAUAACGUGCGUCGCGUAAACGCGUAAAACCGCAAUUUUUUUACCAAAUUAUAUUGUGUGUGUAAAAUGGACCGGCACCACAACCACUCAAGUAUCCAUGGCUCCUGCAGGAGUAAGGACUCCACUUCUACCACUGAGAGCGACCCCCGGGAGAAAAUUAAAGACUGUUUGAGAAAAUUCAUAGCAUUUAUGUUUACACAAGUGGGAGUCGGUGCUCUUGUAGUUUGUUAUGCGAUUCUCGGCGCUGCGAGUUUCAUGCACAUUGAGAAGGACAGUCCAGACGAACAGCUGGAAAACGUUCUGCAAUGGAGACAGAACUGUGUAGAAGAACUGUGGAAUAUUACCAAUAAAUACAAUGUGUUAAACUACACUGCUUGGAUGUCUAACAGCAAUAAUGUUUUGAAAGUAUUUCAAAACAAUCUAACAGGAGCUAUACAUUUGGGUUAUAACGGUCGAGCUUCCGAGGAUAUAUGGUCUUUCCCCGCUGCUUUAAUGUACUCCCUAUCAGUUUUCACAAUGAUUGGGUAUGGCAAUGUAGUACCGAAAACAGUAUGGGGCAAAAUUGGUACUAUAGCAUAUGCAUGCUUUGGGAUACCGAUAUACGUGUUAUACUUCUGUAAUAUGGGCAAAGUGUUGGCAAAAACUUUUAAAUGGCUGUACAUAACCGCUCAUGAGUGCAGUCGAAGGGAUGAUACUUUACUUGAAGAUGGGGAAAUUCAACCUAUUAAAAGGAAGAUCACAGUACCAUCGACAGCUUGUCUAUGGGUCAUUUCCUUUUAUAUUUUAACUGGAACUAUUAUGUUUGGAGCUUGGGAGCAUUGGAACUAUUUGGACUCAACCUAUUUUUGUGUAAUUAGUUUAUGUAAAAUUGGUUUCGGAGAUUUUGUCCCAGGAGCAAACAUUGCAGACUCGGCUGAAGGUUCCCAUUUGAAAUUAGUGAUAAACUUUAUAUAUGUUCUACUAGGAAUGGGUCUUGUGGCCAUGUGCUAUAAUUUAAUGUGCGAAGAUGUACGAGUCAAAGUGAGAGAGCUCCGACAAGACUUGAAGAAUUGCUUGGAUGAUAUUACAUUGAAAAUUACAGUUUGUAUGAACGAUACAAAAUAUUAUCAUCAGAAACAAACUAGAAAUAUAAAAUGAUGCUCUAGAAAUUUUGUAGAGAUUUUUUGUUUUAACAGCAGAGUCAAUCUUCUUGUAGCUGUAAAGAGGUAUGCUUUCUUGGAUUUGGGCUGUUCUAGGACAGCAGAGAAAUUUUUCUAGAAAUAGUCUCAUCCUGAAAGUUGAAACCAACUUUGAAUGCAUACUAAAUAUUUUUUUUUUCCACAAAUCCACUGAUCAUUAUUUUUCAGGGGCUUAGGAAAAC